AUGCGACCGCGCAGUACCCUCGAAGGAAAUCCCGAGCAGCAGCAGCAGCAGCAGCAGCAGCAGCAACAGCAGCAGCAGCAGCAGCAGCAAGAGCAGCAGCAACAGCAGCAGCAGCAGCAGGAUGAAUCAGCAGCAGCAGCAGCAGCAGCAGCAACAGCAGCAGCAGCAGCAGCAAGCGGUCCCCGCAACGCUGCACACCUGUCCCCUCGAUUGCACAUCAAGCAGCAGCAGCAACAGCAGCAGCAGCAGCAGCACGAGCUGCUGCAGCAGGUCCAAGCCCUUGGCUUACGGGUCACCACCAGCAGCAAAAAGCAGCAGCAACAGCAGCAGCAGCAACAGCAGCAGCAGCAGCAGCAGCAGCAGCAGCAGCAAUCCUUCGCGUUCUCAGCCAAUGCUGCUGCUGCAGCACAACAGGGGAUACGAUCCCCGUAUCCUUUCAACAGCAGCAGCUGCAGCUCUCCUGCUGCUGCUGCUGCUGCUGCUGCAGCAGCAGCAGCAGCAGCAAACCCCUAUGGGACGCUCCCGUUCGAGCAGGAGCAGCAGCAGCUGCAGCAGCAGCAGCUGCUGCAGCUGCAGCAACCAUUGCAGCUGCCGCAGCUACCGCAGCUACCGCAGCAGCAGCAGCAGCAGCAGCAGCAGCAGCAGCAUAAUAUUACAAGCCGGUUGCUGGGGCUGGAGGCAGCAGUUCACCGGCUGCUUAAUAGAGAGCUAAGCCGCAGUGACGCAGCAGCAGCAGCAGCAGCAACAGCAGCAGCAGCAGCAGCAGCAACAGCAGCAACUGCAGCAAAUGAAGAAAACGGAGACAGCAGAAGGUCAAACGCUCAGCAGCAGCAGCAGCAGCGAGAUCUGAGGGACACCUACAACAGAGCAGCAGCAGCAGCAGCAACUGCUGCUGCUGCUGCUGCUGCUAAGGCUGGUGCAGCAUCAGGGAUGUCUCCGAAUACAGCAGCGGUAGUCAAGGCAGCAGCAGCAGCAGCAGCAGCAGCAGCAGCAGCAGAAACAGCAGCAGCAGCAGCAGCAGCAGCAGCAAGAACAGCACCAACAGAUUCAAAAAAUCUCCCCGCUGAGCGGAAUGGAAAACCCCUGCCGCUGCAGCCCCAGCAGCAGCAGCAGCAGCAACAGCAGCAGCAGCAGCAGCAGCAGCAGGUAGAGGAGGAGACAGUCCCCUUUCCUUCGCGGCUGCAGGCGGGGGGUUACCGGGGCAUAGAUUGUCUCAGCAGUCCCCACAGCAGCAGCAGCAGCAGCACACCAACAGCAGCAGCAGCAGCAGCAGCAGGAACAGCAGCAGCAGCAACAGCAGCAGCAGCAGCAGCAAAGACAACGCGUCAUAGAUAUAAAUCCUUAAAGACAAGAGACUCUGUCUCCUCUUCUGUCUCUUCUGUCUCCUCUCUUUCUUCUGUCUCUGCAUAUGAAGCAGCUCGAAAACGAUGGCAGCAAAAGAAACAGCAGCAGCAGCAGCAGCAGCAGCAGCAGGAGUGGAGACACAUAGAAGUAACCCUUGCUAAUCCUUCUGCUGCUCUGAAGGAGCAUGUGCAGCGAAUGAAGUUGCGUGCUGAUCGAGCAGCAGCAGCAGCAGCAGCUGCUGCUGCUGCAGCAGCAGCAAGAGGCAGCAGCAGCAGCAGCAGCGCAGCAGCAGACACACCCCCAGCUGAAUUCGAGCUGCUGUUUAACCACUGGUCACUCUCUGCUGCAGCACUCAAAGAAGAAGAAAUAACAAACAUAGUGCAGCAGCUAGGAGAGUUGCUGCCGCUGAGACGCAACAGAAGAACAGCAGCAGCAGCAGCAGCAGCAGCAGCAGCAGGAGCAGCAGCACUAGCAGCAACAGGGAUUAGAAAAAAAAACGCAGCAGCAGCAGCUGCUGCUGCUGCUGCUCGCAGCAGCAGCGAUGAAGAGACAGCAGCAGAUAUGAUCAGCAGCUGUAGUGGGGCUAGCAGCACGCGGUGCAGCAACAGCAGCAGCAGCAACAACAGACGCAGCAGCAGCAGCAGCAGCAGCAGCAGCAGCAGCAAGAGGGUGUCUUUUCCCUUGGAGGAAGCAGACAUGAAUAUAUCGGAGGAUUCAGAGGGAGGAGAUGCAGCAGCAGCAACUGAUCGCUCCUUAGAGACGGCUGCUCCUGCUGCAACAACUGCAGCAGCAACAACAAGAGAGUAG